AUGGCGUGCCUAGAUCCACAUUCGCCGUCUCACCUACGGAAGAGCGUGGAAAGCGAGCGGUCCAUCUUCCACUUUUCACAGACCGACACCGGUACUAUUGGCACAACACAACAGCCGCCGCCGCCGCUACAAUCGCCCGAGACACCGACUUUCCAUGUCGACAUCCACGAAGACGCAGAAAACGUCGAGAAAUACUCGUUCACGCCCAAGCAGUUGCCGCGUGGGCCUCGCGCGUGGGAGCGCCAGCCCGCGCAGCCGUUUACGAAGCGGAAUGAGGCGCAGAAGGUGAUUUGGAAGCGGGCGCCGCUGAAGAACAUUACGACUGAGGCUAAUAAGCGUUGGAAGAGGGGAGCGAAUGAUGAGGAUGGGGAAUUCGAGGGGAAUGUGAGGCCGGCGAAGAGGGUCAAGAUGGGCACGGCGGCGGUGGGUGAGAAGGACAAGGAGAAUGUGGAGGUUGAGAUGGCGGAGGGCUAUGUGCCUGUGGUUUGGGGUGCUCGUGAUCAAGAAGGUUCAGAGGACGGAGACAAGCACAGAGAUGAACAUGGAGACCAAUUCAGUCGUCAAGAAAAGGAAGGUGUUCAGCAAGAUUCUGAUUCAAUGGAAGCGGACGACAGCGUCCAGGAAGACGCCGACAAAACUCCUGAGCAAAUCCAAACGAGCCUCCAACCGAUCGAAGACAUUCACGAGAUCUCUGAACAGAGCGAAGUGAAUGCUCAGUCUGCAGACGGUCGCGCUGAGCUUCCACAACAGCCCGACACCUCGAUCCAGCCUGAGGAUUAUGCUUCUGAACCACAUACGCCUUCACCCUGUAAAAUGAAUGAACGAAGCUCCGAGGAAACGGUCGAGCAGCACCUGUCUGGCCAGCAGACGAGCAGUCUGCCUUCUGAGGCGGGAUGCACGUCGGGCCCACAAAUGUGCUUCGAUAUCGUACCAACCACCACGUUCUCGGACGAGCAUAUCACUGCGAACGCAUCAAAGAUUUCUUACAGCAACGGUCAGAUCAUUGCAGAACUGGAUACGUCAAAGGACGUAGCAAACCAGAUUGGAAAACUCUUGCGCGAUGAGCCUCAACCCGAGUCUGAGGUCGCUGUCUCUCCGCCACAUGAUGUGCUGCCUACACUCGCCAAGCACGGUGUCACUGAUGUAGAGAAAGUGGAAGAUGCUGCUGCCGUUGCCGCGGCUCCGCAGUUCUCAAAGACUUCUGUUCAGCCUGAUGAGGAUGACACUGCUUACCUCCAGCAGUUCUUGCAGCGCGCUAAGGAAGCUCGCGAGAAGAAUCCAUCUCUGCUGCUUUAUCGUCCGGUCGGUGAUCGCAUCAAGCGCCACCUAAUCGAUCAACACAAUCAGUCUGCAGGCGCAUCUCCGGAAUCCAAUGAUCGCAAACGACCGCACUCUCCAGAACCCGAUGAUAUCUCCGAACUCGAUAGUCCUGAAGAGCCAACUGUCACAACCACAGUAAUCAUCCCGAGUGUCGACGAAGUCACCGAGAAGCCACCAUCACCAAGCCGCCGCAGCAACCGUUUGAACGCCAACACGAAGCUGCCUCGGCCCCAGAGACCGAUAACACUACCGUCAAACAUCUCUCUACGCCGUUUGAAUGGUACAGAGUUUAUCUCCAUGGCCAAGCAGCGCUCCGAAGUGCAGAAUGCCGCCAUGCUGACUCGCAACAACACCCGCAAGAACAAGGGCGCUGCGCUUCCUGUCCAACAAAGACUCGAUCAAAUCAAGCUAGGAUUCGCCGACACGGGCGAAGAUGGGGCUAGUGAUAGCCAAGAUCCCGAGCGCAAGAAGAAGACAAAGCGAAGGAAGAAUGGCCAGGAGUUCGAUCGUAUCAGCUGGGCACACAAGAUUGCUCGUUACCAACAGGAUGGUGAGGAGCACACUUUGACCCUAGAUGGCUCCUGGGAGACGAACGCAAUGGCCGAACCGAGCAAAGCUGAGCACGACGAGGGUGGCAGCGAAUCUGAUAUUGUCGCGCCCGAGCUGUCCACCUCCAAAUCAGACCCUGAGCCCGAGAACGAACACGAAGCGUUCAAUAAAUCGACUUCGAGAUCCGUCUCUACGCCCAAGAAGAGCAAGUCCUCCAGCUCCAGCAGCAGCACGGACAAGUCCAAGUCCUCCUCUAAAUCCAAGCCAAGCUCCGAUGCCUCCGACCCCACCGACUCGGUCAGCACGUCCAGCGAGAAGCAGAAGUCUACCAAACGCAAGCGUGUCGAGAAGACCGGCACCGUCAAUGGUACUCCGGCGCCAAAGCGCGGCCUGGAUCUCCUGCUCGAGGAGGCGAAGGAGAAUGUCGGCGUCGUGACGGCUCUGGGAGAGACGAGGGAACGCGAGCGAAGCGGUGAUGCGAAGAGUGAGAAGAAUGCCGAGGCGAGGAGCAGUAAGCGGUUGAGGGCGAAGAGGAGUUCGACCGCGAGGUAG